GAGGAGGAGGAGGAGGAGGAGGAGGAGGAGGUAUCAACAAGAGAAAGAGAAGAGGACACGUGUGGCUCCGGUCGGAACUCCUCGGGGAAUUGCUGGCUCACCUCUGAAGAAAAGCGUACCAGCCAGCCUGCCCACCACACCCAAGUCAACAACCACUCUGUCGUCACUGCAGAAAAACACAAUCAACAUGACCCGUUCUCCCCUGAGCCUGACCCCAAUGUGGUGGAGGCACGCUGUGACAAUGGUCUGGUGCGUGGUCAUGCUUACUCCAUCACUCGCAUCAAGUAUUGUGACAUCCAGACUCCAAGGGUGUCAGGCAAGAUCCCUCUGGUGCGCAUCCGUAACCCUUGGGGUAAUGAAGCAGAGUGGGUUGGCCCCUGGAGUGACAAGAGUCAAGAAUGGCAGUUCAUUCCUCCUGAGGAGAAAGAAGAGAUGGGUCUCACCUUUAAACAUGAUGGGGAGUUUUGGAUGUCUUUUAAGGACUUCUUGACCAACUUCACCAUGCUGGAGAUGACCAACCUCAACCCAGACUCCCUGGAGGACGAGGACAUCAUCGGCUCCGUGCAGCACAAGUGGGAGAUGAGUGUGUUUGAGGGAGCCUGGAUCAGGGGCUCCUCAUCUGGCGGAUGUAGGAAUUUCCUUGAUACAUUCUGGCACAAUCCUCAGUACAGAAUCACUUUGACUGAGGUUGAUGAUGAUGAUGACAACAAGUGUACAGUGAUUGUGGCACUGAUGCAGAAGAAUCACCGUUCACAGAGGAAGCUUGGCUUAGAGUGCCUUACUAUUGGCUUUGCAAUUUAUUAUUUACGAGACCCAGAUGGUGUUCCUCGGCCUUUAGAUCUGAACUUCUUCAAGUAUUCUGCCUCAGUGGCUCGUUCCCCAUCCUUCAUCAACAUGAGGGAGGUGUCUUGUCGCUUCAAGCUGCCCCCUGGCACUUACUGCAUUGUGCCAUCCACCUUUGAGCCUAAUGAAGAAGGAGAGUUCAUUUUGAGAGUCUUCUCUGAAAAAGCCAAUGAAAUGGAGAAAAGCGUACCAGCCAGCCUGCCCACCACACCCAAGUCAACAACCAAUCUGUCGUCACUGCAGAAAAACACAAUCAACAUGACCCGUUCUCCCCUAAGACUCAAAGGGUUCUCAAUGCAACACUGCUGAUUUCAAGAUACUGACAAGAACUGACUGUCACCUUGCUAUGUCCAACAGGAAAAGCGUACCAGCCAGCCUGCCCACCACACCCAAGUCAACAACCACUCUGUCGUCACUGCAGAGAAACACAAUCAACAUGACCCGUUCUCCCCUGAGAGGUGAACCAGGCCAACACAAGACAGAUGGGAUGCAAGAACACUGUUGACACAUCAAUACUUCAUACAAGGCAAUAAAGCGGCUACCACCACCAUGACCACCAUGACCACCACCACCACCAUGACCACCGCCACCACCACCACCACCACCACCACCACCACCACCACCACCACCACCACCACCACCACCACCACCACCACAGCACUCAGCGUGGCACAGAAGGAACAGAGCCAGGCGGAAAACAAGGACUAAGAUCCACUGCCACUUCCAAAUAAGACACCAGGAGGAGAGACAAUUCCGUGCAGUUUGUCAGUGAAGUAUUACAAAG